AUGACGCCCGCUGGUGCUGAGGGUAUAACGCAAUGCUCGAAUCACGACAACAAGUGGUGCUGCGACGGCGACAGAACCGCCGUAGAUUGCUGCCAGGAGAAGCCCGAGCCGCGACCCUUCUUCGCACUCCAAGACCCCGUCGCCUAUGGAACCGCAGGAGGAAAAACGGGAUCAAGCGCACCCAAUCUGGCAUCAAUCACGGGCAAAGCCAUUGCCAGCGGAGACGACUCGUCCUCAACAGCAGCCUCAAACUCCGCUUCGGCAACCAGCGACUCUUCUUCCUCCGACAGCAGCGCCUCCUCAACACCCGCAAGCACACCAUCAACAUCCCUCUCCACCACCGUCUCCUCAGGCACCGCCGGCCCUACCACUAUCGUAACCACCAUCGUCCAAUCCGCUGCCUCCUCGACCCCCACUGCCUCACCCUCCGCAACCCCAAGCAAGAAAUCCAACAUCGGCCUCAUCGUCGGCUGCGCCGUCGGCGUCCCCCUCGCCCUCGCCCUAGUAGGCAUCCUCUUCUGGCUCCUUCGCAAACGCUCCCACCAAAAGAACGCAACAGCGCAUCCUUACACCUCCUCGACCGACGCCUUCACGCCCACCCCCGCAACGCCCGAGUUCGCCGGCGGCGCGAAAUUGCAUAAACCAAAUAGCGCAGCGAAGUACGCCAGUACAGCGCCGGGCGUCCCCGAGCUAGGCGGCGGGCAGGGCGUCGGCCCAGAAAGGCCCGUCAGCAUGAUACCGGGGAAGGCGGAGAUGGAUUCAGGCGGGGGAUUUGCGCCUGGAACGGUACCCCUUGCGCCGCAUCUUGUGGGCGUUGGUGGUGGGAAUACGGCUCACAGCCACGGAGGCGGACAACAUACGCCGCAGAGUAGCUGGGGGAGCGCGCCGCCUGGGUAUUCGCCUGGGCAGAGUCACGCGCCGUUAGCACCGGCGGGGAAUGUGGACCCCAUGGCGGGACAGUAUCAAGCGUACCGGCCGGGCGUGAACCGCGUGCCUGAGAUGGCGGAGCUGCCGAGUGUAAGGACGCCGCCUGAGGCUGUGGAGAUGGGGGUUCCGACUCCGCAUGCUGUGGGCGGGGGCGCGGGUGCAAGGGCGGAGUAUCCUGGCAUGGCGGAGGCAGCGCGUCGGUAG